AUGGAGAUGGAUACAUAUUUGUAUGGUAUUGAAGACGACUUUUUAGAUUUUUAUGAUCCAUCCGUGGACUAUGCAGAUAGUUUAGAAUCGCCUUGUUCUACUAAUGAGUCGGACUCGGAAAAUUUGAAUCUGAACCCUUCAUCACGGACAAAAAGUAUCAAGAGGCCUACAAAGAAAAUUCAUCAACGCUCGGCAGCAAAUCAAAGAGAGCGAAGACGAAUGAAAUCCAUCAAUGACGCAUUUGACAUUCUUAGAGACAGUAUUCCUACUAGCGUCAAUGCUGACAGAAGAUUGUCCAAAGUUGACACUCUAAAAUUAGCCAUUCGAUAUAUAAGUUAUCUUGCGGACAUGGUUGAAACCAGCAGUGAAUAUUCUCAAGACAGCCAUUAUUCAAAGUCCAACAGACCACAGGAGAAGGUCAUUGUUCGAUGUCAUUUCGACGAUUAUGCCAGCUCGUCCGACGGUGCAAUGGGAUACAUGGGUCAUUCCUUAUCGUGGAAACACGCAGACCAAGAACCGGUGCGGACAGUAGAUAACAAGCAAAGUGCCAAAGUGUGGGUGCCAGGUCACCCCUCAGAGACAGAUCUACUAAACCUUUCGGCCUCGUACUCUGGCGACUAUGGAAAUGUCUCAUGA